UUGCGAAAUAACAACCAGUCCUCGAGAUCUCUUCCUCCAACGCCAACUGCACCUUUGUUUGGUUCUUUCUGAGCUCGCAAGGUCAACCUGAGAAAAUUCUCAACUUUCUCUUUCUACUUUUCGGAAACACCUUUUGCAGAUUCGUCAAUAUUUCUUUACCGAUUUCUCGUCAAUUCAAAAAUCAAUUCUUUUUAUCAAUACUAAUUGAUCAUUGCAUAAACUUCUAGUGGUCUUUCUUUGAUUCUUCUUGCUUGAGUUUGUUUGCUUCGCUGUUUGGGAGUAAUGGAUGACAUGAAAGAUAAGAUGAAGGGGUUCAUGAAGAAAGUGAACACCCAAUUCACAUCUUCCUCAUCUGGUAAAUUCAAGGGCCAAGGUAGAGUCUUGGGAUCCUCUGCUUCUCCAUCACCAUCAGGUCCCAAUCACCCACUGCUCGCACACCAAUCCCAGAAACCCGGGAAUGCGAGACCGAGUCAAUCAUCUGCUUCAACCGCUACAUCAAAUCCAAGGCCGUUGCCGCAGAAAGCCGCGGAUUCUGAUCAUCAUAGCAGGCCCGGUUCUGUUGGGAGCUCAAUUCCGAGCCGUCAACCUGAAAAUGUGUUCGAUCCAUAUGGCUCGCUGAUCACUUCUGGAAAGAGAUCAAAAAAUGGGUAUUCUUUGAACGUCUUCGAGUGCCCAAUUUGUGGGGGAUCGUUUAGGUCCGAAGAGGAUGUUUCUGCACAUGUGGAGGGCUGUGUCAAUAACAACAGCUCAGCUGAGGAAAGUAAUGCUGGUGUUGUUAGUAAUGGGUCGGAGGCUAGAAGUGAAUUGGAGGCUUGUGUGGGUGCUUUCUUAUCAGGGAAGCCCCCAGUGGAUUCAGUGGGGGUUGUGAUUAGAUUGCUGAGGAAUAUAGUGAGAGAGCCAGAAAAUGUGAAGUUUAGAAAAAUAAGGAUGAGUAAUCCAAAGAUAAGGGAGGCCGUGGGGGAGGUUGUAGGAGGGAUUGAGUUGUUGGAAUUUGUUGGGUUUCAAUUGAGAGAGGAGGGUGGAGAGAUGUGGGCAGCAAUGGAGGUUCCUACAGAGGAGAGAAUUGGCUUGAUUAAUAAGGUAAUACCUUUACUGGAACCAAAGAAAGAAGAAGAGCAACACAAGGUUGAGAGCUCACCUUCUGCUUCUCCAAUUGGGACAGAGGAGUUAAUUGAAACAAAGAAGGUCGACAGGCAGACUCGGGUCUUCUUCUCUGUACCUGAGAGUGUAGCAGCUAAAAUCGAGCUGCCAGAUUCUUUCUAUAAGCUUUCGUUAGAAGAGGUUAAAAGAGAAGCCGAGAUGAGAAAGAAGAAGAUGGCUGAAUCUCAACUUUUGAUUCCCAAGUCACUCAAGGAAAAGCAGGCAAAAGCUGCCAAGAAGAAAUAUACUAGAACUGUUAUCCGUGUCCAAUUUCCUGAUGGGGUGGUGCUUCAAGGUUGUUUUUCACCAUGGGAGCCAACUACUGCUCUCUAUGAGUUUGUGAGCUUGGCACUCAAAGAACCUUGUUUGGAGUUUGAGCUGUUACAUCCUGUAGCAGUCAAACGGCGCGUGAUACCUCAUUUUCCUGCAAAUGGGGAGAAAGCCACAACACUAGACGAAGAAGAUUUGGUUCCUUCAGCACUGAUUAAGUUCAGUCCCAUUGAAACAGAUUUGAUCGUCUUCACCGGACUUUGUAAUGAGCUCCUUGAGAUAAGUGAACCACUUGUGAGUAGUUCAGCAGUUGGUCCAGUGUAAGUGCCUUUGUUUGGGGAGUCCAUUAAAGUCUUCUGCUCAUGCCUCCUAUUCUUGUUAUAGUGUUCAACAGAACCAUAAUUAGGUCUGGUUUAUACACAUUUUUUACCUUUUUUUAUUCUAGUAAACAGAUGUACACCAAAAGAAGAUUAAACCUCUCUACCUUUACUGGGCACCUCAUCAGGGCUCAAAGGAGAACUCACAUUUAUUUUUUCCGAGUGAACGGUUAUGAAAUUGUUGGUUGGAAUAAAUGAAGCGGGGUAAUUGCUUCCUUUC